AUGUCGCCUGGGACCAUGAAACAGAGGAAUGUGAUAUUGUCACUUUUCUCCGAAGUUUGGUCGGUUUCUCUUCAAGCAGGUUCCAGUAAUAUUAUCGGCCAUCCAAUUAUCAAGUCCCAGAAAAUAAUACUGGCCAGGAUCAAAGAUGAGCGCCAUCAGCAGAUAGCUAAUGCAAGAAGCCUGUCCUAUGAGGAUUUCAUGGAGUUGUGCGAGUUGCCUGAGCUCACACAUGCAGAUAAGUAUGCAGUGUCUAAAUAUCGCUUGAUGAAAGCCUACAAUAUAGCCACACCUGACAUUAUGACGCCUGAGUGGGUCAAGGAUUAUGAUAAUGAGAAAGAGAAAAGCGUUUACAAGAACCUGUGCUCUCUAUACACCACUAAUAGCACCACUUUGGAAGAUAGACUAGAGGCUGUCCGACAAAGGGAGGAGGCUAGACUAGGAUUAUGCCCAAAAACCAAAGUGCAUCACAAUCUUGAAGGCUCGCGAUAUGUCAAAUUGCGAUAUGCAGCGGAUAUCAUGACAUCAUGUGGAUUCACAGAUGUAUUCGCCAGUAAUACUGUGCAAGCACAGACUCUCAAAGAAGGAAUCAGAAGGAUAUGGGAAGGCGUUUUGAAGGAAAUGGAUAACACUUGCAUAGCACUGGAUAGAAAGAAACCAACGCACAAUAAUUGGAUAUUCAAACACCAACUAGGGUAUCUAAACAAUAUUUUACAUGAUGUGCUUGGUGUUAAGAUUGUGGGAGUCAACAAACGCUGUGCGAAAUAUCAUCUGGUGCACUACUCAAAGGUUGCUUCACUACGGCAGAUGUCCUUUGAUAUUUAA